AUGUUGCAACAACGAGGCUCAUACAACAACGAAGACAUAUUCGUUGGCCAUACAUCGCUCAACAAUCUGCAUAUUCUGCUUCAAAAUAUUUUUCUCCCGUUUUUGUCGGAUUCCUAUUCCCAAGAUGAUGAAGCUCACAAGUACAGUGAAACACUUCAAAGUGUCCAUUCCUUGAAUUCUGAUUUUGUUUCUCAUCUCAAGAAGUUUAGUGGACAAGUGGGACAUACGGUAAAACAAUUAUCGGGUGAGGUCAUCAUUGACCUGCCGGAUGUUCAUCUUGAUGAUCCGAAAACAGCUGCAGAAGAUGAACACAUUGUUGCAAAACUGGAGGCCUGCCUAAGUAAUUGGACUCAGUCAAUCAACGCUCUCCUCGAAAAAGUUGUAAAUCAAGAAAGAGAAGGAGAGGGACCACUGUCAGAAAUUGAAUACUGGAGGUCAAGACAUGCCUCUCUAGGAACAAUUUGGGAAUCGUUAAACAGCAAAACUGUAAAGAAUGCAAUUGAAGUUUUGAGAAUUUAUGAUGCCCAGUUAUUACCAGGAUUUGAUGAUCAAUUUCAAGAAUUAACGAAACUAUAUAUGGAAGCCAAGGAAAAUGUAAAGUUUUUACAAACGCUUGAAAGGCACUUCAAGAAUAUUUCUCAAGCAAGGGGAUCGUUAACAGCAAUUUCCGAUACACUGCCAUCCAUGAUGAAUGCAAUUAGAAUGGUUUGGGUCAUCAGCCGCUAUUAUAAUACAGAUAAGCGAAUGAUUCCAUUGAUGGAACUAAUUGCGACAGAAAUUUGCUCAAAAGUGGCUCAAUAUAUUAAUCUCGAAAGUAGUUUAGAUGUAAAUAAUUUAUUCAACAAUCCUCUGAAACUAAGUGAAAAACUUCUUGAAGGCGCCGAAGUUUUACAGAAGUGGAAGACGACUUACUUCCAAGUGAGAGAAAAAAUAGAAAGUACGAGCAAAGAUGAACGCUGGCAUUUUGAAAAAGACUCACUCUUCGAAGAAUCAGAUUACAUGUCCGAAAGAUGUUACGAGUUGAAAGAGCUUGCCUUGUUUAUUGCUCGAUACAAAACUUUUUUAGGCCCUGAGCUAAGAAAUAUUACUGGUGAAAGCGGCAUAGACGAGAUUUUGGAGAGGCUCAAGGAUUUAAUUCUACCAUUCCAGCAAAUAUCUCAUUUAAUUUUUAACAGGGCAUACCAAUUGAAGUGGAUUGAGGUUUUCAAACAAUUCAAAGAAAAUAGCGAGGAAAUCAAAAAUCAAACAAAUCUAUUUAUUGACAAGAGUUUCAAAAAACUCAGAUCUGCAGAGGGAGCGUUUAAAUUGCUUCAAGAUGUAAAAAAAAUUAAUAGUCAGGACAAAGAUUCUAUUAAUCAGAAAAUGAUGCUCAAAUCAAUAGACAUUCUCGAAAGAUAUGGAGAAGAAGUCGAUAACAUUUAUCAAAUUUUCACUAAUGAAAAGAAGAAUCCUCCACGAACUAAAAACAUGCCUCCUGUAUCAGGUGCUAUUUAUUGGUCUCACUCUUUAUUUGAGAGAAUUAAAAAGCCUAUUGCCCUAUUUAAUGAAGCUCCAGACAUGCUGAACACUGAUGAGGGAAAGAAAAUAUCUUCUAAGGCAUUCAGUAUUGCAAAAGAUAUCAAAGAAUUUGAGGAGUCAAAGUUCAAAGAAUGGAAAGCAACAGUUACUGAAGAUACAAUCAAAUAUCUGAAGGGAAAUAUUCUUUCUAGAGAAGGAAACAAAAUCAUUGUAAAUUUUCAUCCAAAACUUUUAUUGUUAAUUCAAGAAACAAGAUAUUUGGACAAACUAGGAAAAAAAGUCCCUGAUAUUGCCCUCAACGUUACUCUACAGGAAGAAAAAUAUCACAAAUACAUUGAAAACUUGAAAAGUAUGAUUGAUAAUUUCACCACUGCUAAAGACUCUUUGGACUCUGCAGAGGAAAAAGUAUUGACUCCACUUAUAACCCGGUUGAAAAGGAUUCUUGAGCCAGGAUUUUCUGUUCUCAAUUGGAACUCUUUGGGUAUUGAUGAAUUCAUCAAAAGAUGUAACUCAGAAAUUUCAGAUUUUCAAUCUAUUGUGCAAAAGAUGCAAAGGAAUGCAUCCGUUAUUAGAUCUCUCAUUCAACAGCUAAGAAGUCCAUUUUUAACAAAGCCUGAAAUUAGAACUGGUGAGACCAUGAUGCCUCUUGCUGAGCUCGUAGAGUCCAUAGAAAAAUCUGUAGAGCAAAAGAGUGCAAGCCUUGCAAAGAAGUAUAAAACCAUUGGACAAACACUCUUAAAAAUUGAAGGAGAUCUCAUCAACAGCAAUGUUAUUGAGAGUGAGAGCAAAGCUGCGACUGGAAGAGAAAAGAUCCUCCAAGGAUAUUAUGCUCACUGGGAAAAGCGUAUUUUUAAAGCACUUGUUAAAAAUGUGUCUUCCAGCAUUGAUGAGUUGAUGGAUCUACUUUAUUUGAAUAAGAAGAAAAAGAACCAGCAAUUGGUCACCAAACGUCAGGUACCUUUGAUGAAGGUGAGCGUUUCCCUUUAUCACAAGUCUAUUACUAUUACUCCUGACUUGGAUGACAUUUCAGAUAUGUUGGAUAGAGUUGUAAAUUGCUCUGUCAAUGCUACCAAACAGUUUGUGAGAUGGUAUAGCGGAACAUGUCAUGAAAUUACGAAUAUUGAGGUGAAGACUGAGAAAGAUGAUCAAAUAGAUCCUCAGGCCAUCAUUGCCAAUCAUUUUUCAUUCUUUAAUGAUAUUUUGCAAAUACCUGUCAUUACAAAAAAGAUGCUUUUAUUGAAUAACGGUGUUCAAAAGACACUAACUUCUGUUCAGCGUUAUGUACAUAAUUAUUCUAAGUAUCAAGAGUAUUGGAAAACCCCAAAAGAAAUGGCCAUGGAAAAGUUUGGCAGCAAAGACCCAUCUUGGGAUAGCUAUUACAAAAAACUAGAAGACUAUCAUAAGUUGCUUGAAGAUAUUCACUCUCACUCAAAACAGAUUAAGGACUUGGAAUUCAUUAGAAUUGACUCUACAUCAUUUGUGAAAUCGUUUACUGAGGAGUUGAGAAAAUGGAUUGAAGCUAUGGCAAAGUUGUUGAAUACAAACAUUAAACCAAAACUACUUGCUCUGAAUGAAAGAAUUGACAAAUAUAAAGAAGGAUUAGGGCAAGAAAUUGUUGAGUUAGACGAUCUACGAAAAGUAUUGUCAGUGAUGGACGAAGCAAGAUCAAACUCUGUAGACAUAGAAAGAGAUUAUAUGGAAGUGGAAGAUAUUUACCAUACCAUGCUAUCCUAUUCCGUGAAAAUACCUGCCGAUGAAAUAGACCUGGUUUAUUCAUUAAGAAUGAAAUGGAAUGCAUUGUUAUCGUCAGCCAAGGAGAUGGAGCAACAGCUUGUUCCACAAAAAGAGAGAUUUACAUCAGAAACUCGCAACAGAGUGGAACAAUUCAAGAUUGAAGUUGUUCAGCUUAAGGAAGAAUUCGAGCAUGGCCCAGGUAAUCCUAAUGUUCAACUCGAAGAUGGUCUAUCUCAAAUGGAACUUUUGAAAGAAAAGCUUGAAGAAAAGAAGAAGAUAAGAGAUUAUCUUGUUCAAUCAGAAAAGUUGUUUGAUCUUCCAAUAACUCCAUAUCCAGAUUUCGUCCAAUUAGAAAAGAAAAUAUCAAAGAUUGGAAAGAUUUUUGAUAUUUUUGGAGAUUGGCAAAAGAAAGUUUCGAAGUGGUCUCGUACACUAUGGGUGGAAGCUCCUAUCGAAGAAAUGACAAAAGAAACUGCAAGAUUCUCUCAAAUAUUAAUCAGUAAGAAAGAGUUUCCUCAAGAACUUCAAGAAUUGCAUGCUCACAAAACCUUUAAAAGCAAAGUGAAGCAUUUCCAAAAAACCAUAGAACUUCUGUCUUGUUUAAAGAGCGAGGCACUGAGAGAAAGACAUUGGGAACAACUAAUGCAGGCAACAGGUAAAAAUUUUGACAUCAACCCCUCAACAUUUACCUUGAAGAAUUUGAUUGAUAUGAACCUCUAUGAAUAUGAAAAUAGUAUCAACGAAAUUACUGAAUCUGCCAACAAAGAACUUGAUGUUGAAAAUACAAUCAAAAAGGUUGCUGAAGUAUGGAGAAACAAAAAGUUUGAACUUAAAAAACAUGUGCGAGAUAACGAAGAUAGAGGAUUUGUACUUACAGCCAUUGAUACCAUUAAGGAGCAGCUCGAAGAAGAUACAGCAAACUUGGCUGCCAUAUCUGGAACUCAACAUUCCAUUCCAUUUGCGGCUGAGCUUAGCAAGUGGGAAGGCAACUUAUCCAAGAUUGAUGAAGUAACUUCAUUAUGGAUUGAUGUCCAAAGAACAUGGAUGUAUCUUGAAAUUAUCUUUAUUGGAUCUGAGGAUAUCAAAGAUCAGUUGCCUGAGCAGGCUAAAGCAUUCAAAAAGAUCGACAGUGAGUGGGCAAAGAUAAUGAGUGAAACGGCAAAGAAUAGGACUGUCCUCGAAAAUUGUUGCCAAGGAGACAAUCGAUCAGCAAUUUUAUCGAGUCUUCAAGUGAGACUCAAUGAAUGCCAAAAGGGAUUGAAUAACUACCUUCAAUCAAAAAGAAAUGCUUUCCCUCGAUUUUUCUUCAUAUCUGAUGAAGAGUUAUUAAGUAUCUUGGGUAGUUCUGACUUGAACGCAAUUCAAAAGCAUAUUGGUAAUCUAUUUGAAAACGUUGGAAGUUUGAUAUUUAAGCCGAAUACCAACCUUGUAGUAGGUAUGAGAUCUAAAGAGGGAGAAGAAUUCAAUUUUGAUAAACCUGUACGAGCAGAGGGAUUUAUUGAAAAAUGGCUUACUGCAGUUCAAACUGAAAUGAGAAAAACACUUAAAAUCAUCAUGAAGAAAGCUGUUUAUAACUAUCCUUCAAGAGAUAGAAUUGAAUGGGUCAAAGAAAAUCUAGGAAUGAUUGGAUUAUGUGGUUGCCAAAUUUGGUGGACAUGGGAGGUGGAAGACGCUUUUAGAAGAGUGAAGAAUGGAGAAAAAAUGGCAGUUAAAACUCUUGCAGUUCAAUUAACUAAGCAACUGAACAAUUUAGUUGACGAAGUGAGAACACCUCUCCAAUCUCAGAUUAGAAAAAAGAUCACAACUAUGAUUAUUAUUGAUGUCCAUGCAAGAGAUAUUGUCGAUAGACUUGUAAGAGACAGUAUUCUUGAUGAAAGAGAAUUUGACUGGGAAAGUCAACUCAGAUUUUACUGGGACAAGUCUGCCAAUGAUGUCAAAAUAAGACAAUGUACAGGUGAAUUCGUUUAUGGUUAUGAAUACAUGGGUCUCAAUGGCAGACUUGUUAUUACUCCAUUGACCGAUAGAUGUUUCAUGACUUUGACGCAAGCACUUACCUUCAACCUUGGUGGAUCCCCAUCAGGCCCGGCUGGUACUGGUAAAACGGAAAGUGUGAAAGACUUGGCAAAGAGUAUGGCUCUUAUUUGCAUUGUAUUUAACUGUGGUGAAGGCCUUGAUUAUAAGGCUAUGUACAUGAACUUUUCUGGAUUGUGUCAGACAGGAGCAUGGGGAUGCUUUGAUGAAUUCAACAGAAUUGAAUUGCCUGUACUUUCUGUUGUUUCCACUCAAAUUAGAGAAAUUCAAAGUGCCCUCAAGUCUAAAAAGGAAGAGUUCAGAUUCGAAGAAAUUGAUAUUAAGCUCGAUAGCAAGAUUGGUAUUUUCAUUACAAUGAAUCCUGGUUAUGCAGGCAGAGUUGAGCUUCCUGACAAUCUUAAGGCUUUGUUUAGACCAUGCGUGAUGGUGGUUCCAGACUUGGAAAUUAUUUGCGAAAUUAUGUUAUUCUCUGAAGGAUUUAAUACUGCCAGAGUUUUAGCAAGAAAAAUGACCAAAUUAUAUGAACUUGCAAAAGGACAGCUCUCAAAGCAACACCAUUACGACUGGGGUUUACGUCCAUUAAAAUCGGUCUUGGUCGUAGCAGGUAGAUUGAAGAGAGAAAAUCCAGACAAGAGAGAAGAUGAGUUAUUAAUGAGAGCUUUACACGAUAUGAACGCACCCAAGUUUGUGUAUGAAGACACACCACUCUUUGAAGAUUUGUUGAAUGAUCUAUUUGUGAAUAUUGCAUAUGAAAGAGUCACCUAUCCUAAACUCUACAAAGCAGUUGAGGAGAGUCUUGUUGAGAAGGAUCUCAAACUUCUUGAAGAUGGAUCACAAGUUGACAAAGUUAUUCAAAUUUAUGAAACGCUUGAAACUCGUCACUCUGUUAUGAUAGUUGGAGAGACUCAAGGUGGAAAGACUGUUGCUUUCAAUACUCUAUGCAGUGCAUUGAAAAAGGCUUUUAAUUUUACCGUUAAACAGUUAGUUAUGAAUCCAAAGGCACAAGGUAUUGCAGAGUUGCAUGGUGUGUUGGACAAAGACACAAGAGAUUGGACGUACGGAUUAUUGUCCUACUACUUUAAAGAGCUCAACCAACCUUCAGAAAAAGCCCAUGCAGAACGAAGAUACCUUGUUUUUGAUGGAGAUGUUGAUGCUGAAUGGGUAGAAAAUAUGAACUCAGUCAUGGACGAUAAUAAGGUGUUGACAUUGCCAAAUGGUGAAAGAAUCAGUUUAUUGUAUCCGUUGUGCUCACUUCUUUUUGAAGUAGGCAACCUGAGAGUAGCUUCUCCUGCAACAGUCAGUCGUUGUGGUAUGGUUUAUGUAGAUCCAAAGAACUUGGGUUUUGAACCUUAUAUUUGGACAUGGCUGAAUCACAAAUUGAAGAAAGAUCAUCCAGAAAAAGUGGAAGUUCUACAAAGAUUGUUUGAAAAAUACGAGAAAAGUUGUAUUGAAUAUGUAUUGAAGGGUAUUGAUCUAGAUGGAUCUUUCACAGAAAGGAUCAAAACCUCUGUAGUCAUGAAUUCUGUUUCAUUUGUUUCACAACAUUGCAAUAUUUUAGAUUAUAUUUUUGCUGACCCUGAACAAAACACCGACGAUGAAAGAGAGCUUGAAUGUCUUUUCAUAUUUGCUCUAAUUUGGUCGGUUGGUUCUGUAAUUAUUGAUUCGGACAGAAAGAGGUUUGAUGAUUUUGUAAAGAAGAUUACAAAGUGGAAGCCAGUUGACAAUGGUGAAUCCCUUACUGAUCACUUUGUGGGUGCAGGAUGUUGCCCAUCCAGAUUAACCUUGUAUGAAUACUUCUUUGAUGUUAGGAAUCAUCAAUGGAAGCCUUGGAAAGUGAUAGUACCAGUCUAUCAACCACCGACAAAUGGACGUUUUUCAAGUAUCAUUGUUCCAACCAUAGAUACUGUUCGCUACACUAGCUUCCUUCACACAUUUGUCACUUUGGGCAAACCAGUUUUAUUUGUUGGAUCUUCAGGAACCGCAAAGACUGUCAUGAUCAAGAACUUUGUGAAGGAUGUUACAGAAAAGAAUGAAAAGCUCACAAGUCUCUCAAUCAACUUCUCAAGUAGAACUUCCAGCUUAGAUUUGCAAAGAACAAUAGAAGAUAACAUUGAGAAGCGAGUCGGAGAUAAUUAUGGACCUUUACAACAAAAGAAGAUGAUUGUUGUUAUCGAUGAUAUGAACAUGCCAAACUUUGACAAGUAUGGUACCCAACAGCCAAUCGCAUUACUGAAAUUGAUGUUAGAAAAACAUGGAUUUUAUGAACGUAAAACUCAAAAUCUUGCAUUCAUGAAAUUAUUGGACAUGCAGUAUGUUGCGGCCAUGCAACCUACAUUUGGUACAAACGCUAUAGAUCCAAGAAUCCUCUCAAAGUUCAAUAUUCUAAACAUUUCCUUCCCAUCCGAUUAUUCGAUUGAACAUAUCUAUAACUCAAUUUUAACUCAUCAUCUUAGCAACUUUUCUCCUGAAAUCCAAAAUAUUGGACCAAAGAUUACUGCUUGCACCAUCAAACUCUACAAAAAUUUAGUUUCAAGUCUGCCUCCUACUCCUGCCAAGUUCCACUAUUUAUUUAACCUGCGGGACUUAAGCAGAAUUUAUGAAGGAUUGUGCUUAUCCACAAUCGACAAACAAAAUGAAAUUGCUAAAUUUGUUAGAUUGUGGAGAAACGAGUGUCUAAGAGUUUUCCACGACCGAUUAAUUUCAGCUGCUGAUAAGAACCUUACUAUUUCGGCUAUUGAAGAGGAAGUGAAGUCAUCCUUUGGUACCGUUUCAGAGCCAGUACUAAAGAAUCCAAUCGUAUUUGGUGACUUCCUUGACUUCCAGGACCCAAACAAUGCAAGACUGUAUGAAGAUCUUGUCGACUAUGACAAGAUUAAACCUGUAAUUGAAGAUGCAAUUAAUAUUUAUAACGAGAGGCCUGGCGUUAAAAAGCUUGAUCUCGUAAUGUUUGAAGAUGCUCUUGAACACUUGACAAGACUAUUAAGAAUAGUUAGAAUGGACAGAGGAAACGCCUUGCUAAUUGGUGUCGGAGGAUCCGGAAAACAAAGUUUAAGCAGACUUGCAUCAUUCGUAGCAGGUUAUGAGUUGUUUGAAAUUAAGUUGACAAGAGGAUACAACGAAACACAGUUUAGAGAUGAUUUGAAAUCACUAUACAGAAAGCUUGGAGUUGAGGACAAAAAAGUUUUGUUUCUUUUUACUGAUGCACACGUUGUAGAAGAAGGAUUCCUCGAAUUUAUCAACAAUAUGUUAUCAUCUGGUGUUGUUCCUGCACUAUUUGAAGACAAUGAAAAAGAAGAGCUUUAUUCAAGUGUUGCCAAAGAGAUCAAAUCUACUAACAUCAUUCCAAGCAAAGAAAAUAUGUGGAAUUACUUUAUUAACAAGUGUAGAAAUAAUUUGCAUAUUGUGCUGGCAAUGACGCCUACAGGCAGUACUUUGAGAGUAAGAUGCAGAAACUUCCCAAGUUUAGUUAGUAGCACCACCAUUGAUUGGUUCACAUCUUGGCCUGCACAAGCCUUGAAAGAGGUGGCCAAUCAAUUCUUGUCUGAUGACUCUGUUCCACAAGAUUUGUUAGAAGGCAUUAAUGAACAUAUGAUAUUUGUUCACCAAAGUGUAGAACGAUAUAGUUCCAGAUUUGCUCUUGAAUAUAGAAGGUACAACUAUGUCACACCAAAGAAUUACUUGGACUAUAUUAACACUUACAAACGUCUUCUGUCUGAAAAUAGAAACAAGAUUGAUGAAAUGAUUAAGAGAUUAGAAGGAGGUCUCAAGAAGCUAAGAGAAGGAAAAGAUGAAGUAGAAGAAAGAAAGAAAGAGCUUUCUGAAGCUUCUGCAAUCCUAGAGAAAAAGUCUGUGGAAAAUCAGCAAUUACUUCAAGUGAUUUCUGAGAGAUUGGCAGAAGCCUCUGAGCAAAGUAAGCUCCAACAAGAGCGAGAAGAAGAAAUCAAGAAGGAAUUGGAAAAUAUUCAAAAGCAAAAAAUUGAAGAAGAAGAAAAGCUUGCAGUGGCAGAACCUGCAGUUAGAGCAGCAGAAGAAUCCUUAAAGAAAUUAGACAGAAAUGCUAUUACGGAACUUAAGGCAUUUGCAAGUCCUGCACAAGUUAUUCAAGAUGUUGGUGCGUGUAUUUAUAUUCUACUCGAAGAUGAAACUCCUUCUCAAAUUACUUGGGUAAAUGUAAAGUCGAUUAUGACUGAAGCCUUCUUCAAUCGACUUGUUUCGUACGACAAAGGAAGACUGACCUCUAACAAGAUCAAUCGUAUUGAACAAAUAUACAAAAAGAAUGGAGAUUCCAUGAAACCAGAAGAAAUUGGCAAAGUUUCAAGCACUCUUGCUGAAAUUGUCAAGUGGGUGAAUUCAAUGCGUGAAUAUUAUCAAGCCAUGAGAGUUGUUAAACCAAUUAGAAAGAAGAAGGAAGAAGCAGAAAAGAAGUUAGCAUCCUUUACUGAACAACUUUCUACAAUCAAGUCCAAAUUGGAACAGCUCAAGCAAGAUAUUGCAGAGUACAAAGUUAAAUAUCAGAGUGGUCAAGAAGAAGAAAAGAAUUUAAUGGAGAAGAAACAAAACAUGGAAGCUAAAUUAAUUGCUGCCAAUAAGCUUAUCGAAGGGCUUGGAUCUGAGAGAGAACGAUGGGCUCAACAAAUUCAUGACUUGUCUGAAAAGAAAAACAGACUCAUUGGUGAUUGUUUGAUUUGCUCUGCCUUUUUGAGCUAUACUGGUGCUUUUACAGUUGACUUUAGAAAAGAAAUGAUCCAAGAAUGGUUGAAUGAGGUAAAAGAAACCAACAUUCCAAUCACUUUCCCAUUCGAUAUCGAGGAUAUUUUAACUGAUGACGUGCAGAAGAGUCAAUGGGCUUAUGAAGGCUUACCCUCAGACAAAAUUUCAACACAAAAUGGUAUAUUGACAACCCAUGCAUCUCGUUUUCCAAUUUGUAUUGAUCCUCAAUUACAAGCUGUUAAGUGGAUCAAGAAUAAGGAAAAGCAUAUCAAGGUUUGCUCAUUUAGCGACUCUGAUUUCAUGAGAAAGAUUGAAAAUGCAAUGAAGUACGGUGAAACCAUUCUCUUUGAGAAUGUUGAUGAAGAAAUUGAUCCAAUGAUUGAUCCUGUGCUCGAUAUGGAGACUCGAGGAAAAAAGAGAAUUGUGAGAAUGGGAAGUGAUGAAAUUGAUGUAGAUCCAAAAUUCAAGCUUUACAUGUGUACGAGACUGUCUAAUCCUCACUACACUCCAGAGAUUGCAAGUAAGACCACCAUUAUUAAUUACAGCGUCACUGAGGAAGGUCUUGAAGAACAAUUAUUGAAUAUUGUUGUGAAUCAUGAAAGACCAGAGCUUGAAGAAGCCAGAAGAGACUUAGUGCAAACAAUGAGCGAAAGUAAGGCUCUUCUACAGCAAUUGGAAGCCAAGAUAUUGAAAGAGCUUAACUCCUCUAGUGAUGGUACUCUGAUUGACAACGUGGAGCUGAUUAAAACAUUGGAAGAAACAAGAAACAAAGUCCGUGAAAUUAACACCAAGAUCAUUCAGACUAAACAAAAUGAAAAGGACAACUUCAAAGCUAGACAGGGUUAUAGACCAGCGGCUAAGAGAGGAACCAUUCUUUACUUUGUGCUUUCCAGUCUAUCUAAUAUCAACUCCAUGUAUGAAUAUUCGUUGUCCUCAUUCUCACAAGAUGUGUUUGAGACAUCACUCUCGAGAAGCCAACCAUCAAGAAUGCUUGAAGGAAGAUUAGAUAACAUUAUUGACUAUUUGACCAAGUCGGCAUAUAGUUAUACAUGUGCUGGUUUAUUUGGUGUACACAAGUUAUCUUUCUCCUUACAAAUUGUGCUAAAAAUCAUGCAAAGCGAGGAAAGACUUGAUCCGCUAGAAUUCAAUUUCUUCCUUAAAGGUGACAUCUCUAUGGGUCUUGAAAAACCAAAUCCUUUCCCUGAAUGGAUUGCUGACGGAGGAUGGAAAGAUUUGCUUAAACUGUCAAAGAUAUCUGAAUCGCUACAAGGUCUAGCAGAUGAUGUUGUCAAUAAUCCAAAAUGGAAGGAAUGGUAUGAUGCUCCUGAACCAGAAAAAUUACCACUUCCAUCAGAAAAAUUCCAGUCGGCAAGCUCAUUCCAAAGAAUGUGCAUUCUUCGUUGCCUUAGACCUGACAGGAUUGUUGUUGCUGCAACUAGCUUUAUUGCAGAGGAGAUGAAGAGCGAAUACUUUGUUAAACCUCCAGUUCUCACAUUCGAUAAUAUUUUCAACCAAAGUUCCAAACUUUCCCCUAUUGUGUGCAUGAUCAGUCCUGGAUAUGAUCCUGCAAAUGACAUUAUCAAACUAUCCAAUGAAUUAGACAAACGUGUCAAGUACAUUUCUCUUGGUGAAGGUCAAGGCGAAAAGGCGUUAGCACUAUUGGAGAAGGGUAUUUCUAAGGGAAUGUGGGUACUGUUGCAAAAUUGUCACCUGCUAGUCGAUUGGAUGAAAAAUGUCGAACACAUUCUUGAGAAAUUAGAUAAGGACAAAGUUCAUGAUGAAUUUAGACUUUGGCUUACCACAGAAGUCACACCAAAAUUCCCUAUUGGAAUUCUUCAACGAUCUCUCAAAGUUGUGACUGAACCACCCAAUUCUUUGCAACUCAACAUGAAAUCAACAUUUUCCAACAUUUCUAACGCUGAGCUUGAUGAAUGUACCCACAAGGCAUUUAGACCUUUGGUAUAUGUCCUUUCCUAUUUCCAUGCUGUUAUACAAGAACGAAGAAAAUAUGGAAAGAUUGGUUGGAACAUUCCAUACGAUUUUAACAAGUCUGACUUUGAUGUUAGUUUUAGUCUUAUCAAGACCUAUCUCAAUAAGGCAGCAAUGUACAAUGAUCCAAUCCCAUGGGAUAGCUUAAAAUAUCUGGUCGGUGAAGCCAUGUACGGAGGCAGAGUUACGGAUAAAUUCGACAGAAGAAUACUUACAACCUACCUCAAUGAGUACAUGGGAGACUUUUUGUUUGAUACUUUCCAACCUUUCAGAUUCUAUUCCGAUGAUGAAAUUACCUACGAGUUACCACCAAUGGAAAAAGAAAAGAUGGUAGGAAAACAGAACAUGAUUGUGUCAUUGGGAGUUGAAGACUUUAUGGACUUUGUUGAAAAGAAUAUUCGUCUGACCAACUCUCCAUGUGUAUUUGGAUUGCAUCAAAAUGCAGAAAUUGGAUAUCUCACCAAUUCCACUUCCAACUUGUGGACGGACCUUAUUUCACUUCAAGUAGGUGCACACAGUGGAGGAUCCAAAGGUGAAGGAGAAGAAUAUAUCAAAUCAGCAUUAAGUAUCAUUCCAGAACCAUUCGAUCGAGAAGAAGUUCAAGCAAAGAUCCUUCAGAAAUCGUCCAAACUUACACCUAUUCAUGUCGUUCUCUUGCAAGAAAUUGAUCGUUGGAACACUCUUGUUGGAGUCAUGAAGCGAUCACUCAUUGAUUUACAAAAAGCUUUAGCAGGAGAAAUUGGUAUGAGUGAAGAAUUGGAACAUUUGAGUAAUGCCAUAAACAUUGGUGUGGUACCCAAGUUGUGGAAAGAUUACGCUCCUCAAACCAAACUCAAUCUAUCUUCAUGGCUAGAAUAUUUCAAGGAAAGACACAAGCAAUAUGUGGAAUGGAUUCGAACAGGUGAAGAUCCAGUAGUAAUUUGGUUGAGUGGAUUGCAUGAACCAGUGUCCUAUAUUACUGCUCUUGUUCAAAUGACUUGUAAAAAGUACAAGUGGCCUCUCGAUAGAACUACGGUCACAACACGAGUCACAGAAUUCUCCCAUUACACAGAUAUCAAGACCAAGCCAGUCGAUGGAUGCUACGUGAGGGGAUUGUACCUUGAGGGAGCUGCAUGGGAUCCAAAAUCUCAUUGCUUGAGAACUCAAAAGCCAAAACAACUCAGAGAAGAGUUACCAGUUCUCGAAAUUAUUCCAACAGAAAACUCAAAGGUCAAAGUACAAAAUACCUUCCAUGCUCCAGUCUACUAUACUUCGGAUAGAAAUGAUGCUGGAAACAAGGGUCUAGUUUUUGAAGCAAAUUUGCAAACUGAAGAGCAUGAUAGUAUUUGGUCACUGCAAGGUGUUUGUAUUACAUUGACUUAG